AUGGGUUCAAGCUCAGGUCGCAGUUCAAUAGCCCGGCUCUUCACUCCACAGAAGUUCUUCUUUCAUUUCUUCUUCUGGGGCUUCCAUUGGAUGCUGUUUGGAUUAGGAUGGCAUCUACAAGUCGCCCAACCUAAAUUGAAGCCUCUCAACGAUACUCUGCAGCACUCCGUAUGGAUUUCCCGAGGCGCAGGCCUGGUUUUAUCUGUCGACACAAUGGUCAUCGUAAUGCCCAUGUGCCGCAACAUUCUGCGUUGGCUUCGUCCCAAGGCACGGUUCUUGCCGCUUGAUGAGUCUCAAUGGUUCCACAGGCAAGUCGCAUAUGCGAUGCUGUUCUUUACUAUCCUGCACACAGCAUCACAUUAUAUCAACUUCUACACCGUGGAGAAAUCCCAGGUCAGACCACAAAUUGCACUACAGAUUCAUUACACAGAGGGCGGUGGUGUUACCGGGCACAUCAUGUUGUUUUGUAUGCUCAUGAUCUACACGACGGCACAUCACAGGAUUCGCCAGCAAUCAUUCGAAACUUUCUGGUACACGCACCACUUGUUCAUCCCUUUCUUGCUCGGCAUGUACACCCACACCACUAGCUGUUUUGUCCGUGAUAGCGCACUCCCACAGUCGCCAUUCGACCCCGUGAACAGGUGGAAGCAUUGCCUCGGAUACGAAGGUUGGCGUUGGGAGCUCGUCGGUGGUGGUUUGUACCUGUUUGACCGCCUCUACCGGGAGAUUCGCUGCAGACGACAGACUCAAAUUGUCAAGGUGGUCCGCCAUCCUUAUGACGCUGUAGAGAUCCAGUUCACAAAGCCCAGCAUGAAGUACAAACCUGGGCAGUGGCUCUUCCUCAACUGCCCAGAAGUCAGUUACCACCAGUGGCAUCCAUUUACCAUCACAUCAUGCCCACAUGACCCGUAUAUUUCGGUGCACGUACGCCAGGUCGGUGACUUUACCCGCGCUCUUGCCGAUGCUCUAGGCGCUGGCCAGUCCCAGUCUAAGCUCUACGACGAGCUUGACCCCAUGGGCAUGUACGAGAUCGCCUUGCAGCACGGACAAAAGAUGCCGGCCCUUCGAAUCGACGGCCCAUACGGAGCCCCUGCCGAGGACGUUUUUGAGAACGAAGUCGCCGUCCUGAUCGGUACUGGAAUUGGUGUCACUCCAUGGGCCUCUAUUCUCAAGUCCAUCUACCACCUCCGUCUGAGCCCGAACCCGCCUAAGCGCCUUCGUCGUGUUGAAUUCAUCUGGGUCUGCAAGGAUACCUCGUCCUUUGAAUGGUUCCAGACUCUUCUCUCUUCGCUCGAAGCACAGUCCCUCGGCGGUCCAGAUGGUGACCAAUUUCUCCGUAUACACACCUACCUCACCCAGAAAAUGGACGCCAACACUGCACAAAAUAUCGUUCUCAACUCGGUAGGCACAGACAAAGAUCCCCUGACCGAGCUCAAGUCCCGGACAAACUUUGGACGCCCUGAUUUCCAGCGCCUCCUCUGCGGGAUGCGUGAUGGCAUCCUCGACCGUACCUAUAUGAAUGGUCUAGAAAGCACACUGCGAACCAAGGUUGGAGUCUACUUUUGCGGUCCCAACGUGGCCGCCAGGGACAUCAAGAAGGCGUGUAAGCAGGCUACGUGCCAGGAAGUGUCUUUUGACUUUUGGAAGGAGCAUUUCUAG